AUGCAGUUGUCUGCUCAGACGGCUAGAGCCAGGUCCCGCAACGAUGACUACUUCCACCAACUUCGGAAGAUGACGGCAAAAUCGGCCAGGGAUGACCGGAAACAAUAUUGGGCUGAAAUAGCGACCUCCAUGGAACAGGCCUCGAACGUUGGUGACACUCGAAAACUCUACCAACUUAUCCGCCAAGUUAGUGGUAAGCCCUCUACACUGAGUGACUCUGUUCGCGAUGUGAACGACGGCUUUAGUGCUGACAACUCGGCCAAAGUCGAACGCUGGCGUGAGCACUUUGAGCACCAUCUCAACUUCGAUACCCAACCUACCUCGCCCUUGCUCUCAUCCUCAGCGGAGUUUCUUCCCUCUUCUACCUAUGCAGUGCCAUGCGAUCCCCCCUCCGAGGAAGAAGUCGCCGAUGCCAUACGAAAGUUGCGCAACAAUAAGGCACCCAGUGAGGAGGGUAUACCCGCUGAAAUCUUUAAGUUUUGUGUCGACACUCUGGCGCCCUGGCUCCAUGAGGUGAUAGAACGAGCGUGGAGAGACGAGGUUGUUCCUGAUGACUGGGGCUUAGGCAUCCUUGUACCUAUCCUCAAGAAGAGAGAUAGGACGAGAUGCGAGAACUACUGCGGCAUAAGUCUCAUCGACGUUGCUGCGAAGAUCUUCGCUAUUGUCUUACUUAGGCGAUUCCAGGCUGUGUGUGACUCAAGGACGAGGCCCAACCAAGCCGGAUUUCGUGCUGGACGUGGAUGCGCAGAUCAGAUAUUCACACUGAGACGCAUUCUCGAAUUUCGCUAUAGCUACCAACAACCGACGGCCGUCUGCUUCGUUGACUUUGCCGCCGCGUUCGAUUCCGUUCACCGUGAGUCCCUGUGGCGGAAAAUGGCGCUAGAUGGUGUACCGGCAAAAAUCAUCGCCAUGAUCAAGGCCUACUAUCGUUCCACUACUGCGAGAGUCCUGGUCCGUAACAAUCUUCCCCAACCGUUCGGUAUUCGGUCUGGCGUUCGACAGGGUUGUAUCCUGUCACCCAUACUGUUCAACCACGCUAUUGACUGGAUCCUCGGGAGGGCCCUACGCGACAGUGACGGCGUUGAAUUUGCACCCGGACAUCGACUGACUGAUCUCGACUAUGCCGAUGAUAUCGGCUUACUUGCUUCAAGUUUUGGUGAUCUGCAGUCUAUGGUGUCACGGGUGAACGAGGUCACUAAAUCGGUCGGUUUGUCCAUAAACGCUGGGAAGACCAAAGUGUUCUCAGGCUGCAUCCCUGACCAGGAGAAGGCACCUCUCGGGAUUGAUGGCUGUCAACUUGAAGAAGUAGACAGUUUUAAAUACCUUGGGGCGAGGCUGCUGCCUAAUGGUCAGAGUAAGGACGACAUUGUCUCCCGAAUCGAUGCUGCCCGCUGGGUUUUUUCAAGCCUUCGGAAAUGCCUGUGGAACCGACGUGACCUCUCUAUCGCCACUAAGAUUCGCAUGUACCGUGCAUCUGUCCGGUCUGUCAUUCUCUACGGUUGUGAAUGCUGGGCUUUGCGCGUGGAGGACGAGCGAAAACUGGAGGUGUUUGACCAACACUGCUUGAGGACCAUCCUUCGAGUGAAGUUCACCGACUUCGUCUCAAAUGAGACAGUCCGCGCUCACUGCGACAACAUCGCAAGGAUAACUCAGGCCAUCCAAGAAAGACGACUGAGGUGGUUCGGGCAUGUUCUUCGUCGUCCACCUCAGGAGCUCAGUGUUACUGCCCUCGAUCCGGCACCGUUGCCCUAUUGGAGGCGUCGAAGAGGGGGUCAGUUCAAAACCUGGCUCGACACAGUUCGUCAAGACAUGGAGGUGGUUCUUGGACCUUCGGUAUUCGGUCUCCGUCGUUGUCGAAGGGAAUGGGUUGAGCUGUCCAGAUCUGCUGCCGCGGAUCGUCACGCGUGGAGAGGUACAGUUCGGGACAUCAUCGAGGCCGGCUAG